AAUCAAUAUGUCAUUCAUUUUAGGUUAUAUAAACCUUUCAUCUUAAAAAUGAGAAAUUUAAUAAAUUUAUUCAGUAAAAUCGCACUAAACAGUCCAAGAGUCGUCUCAUACAACAAUUCAUUGAGAAGCAUUUCUACCACGACAGUCAGAAAUGACCUGAUGGAAUUUUUUGAUGAUCCAAAAAACUGGGGCGCCGAAGAAGUCAAAAGUGGUAGGUCUUGGAAAAAGGAUGAACUCAGGAUCAAAUCGAAUACAGAUUUACAUAAAUUGUGGUAUGUCCUGCUGAAGGAACGAAAUAUGUUGUUGACAAUGGAACAGGAAAGCAAAGAUCAAGCUAGGUUAUUUCCAAGUCCUGAAAGACUGGACAAAGUUGAGGACUCCAUGGAGAACCUAGAAGCUGUUGUCAGAGAGAGAAAUACUGCCUAUCAUAAAUUAGAAACUGGAGAAACUGGUGAAAGGCCAGGGAGGAUGGAAGUUGGCCCUUUAGGUAUAAGGUACUAUUACAAGAUGUCAGAAUAUCCAAUUCCUAAACACAUGAACAAAAAAUGGCAGGAGAAAUAUAAAUUCUACAAGUAUGACAAGGAUGUAGAAGCAUUUUUGUUGAAAUACAGAGAAAAACUGUACUUAUCAAAGAGGAAGGCACAGAGGAGGAACUUCAACCAUGUCAUUGGUUUGAUGAAUAGAUUCCCAAAUAUGGAUAUGGAGGCAGUGAAAGAACAGUAUCCAGAUGUUGAUAUUGAGAAAGCCAAAUCUAGUAGGAAAUAUAAAGGUCAUUUCUUACCAAAAUGAAUCAUUAUGUAAUAAUAAAUAAAUGAAAUUUGGUACACUUGAUGUUUUCAUAAUUUUAGUGAAUUUGUAUUUUUGUUUUUGUAAUAAGAAAAUAAAAUUAUUCUUUAAAAUGUUUAUUGUUUUGAGGUAACUACAAUACUGUAAAAUUGUAAAUAUUUUUCAUUAAUGGAUAUAUCAAUGACUUUCAAAAUUAUCCCAUUGAACAAUUGAUAUUUUAAUAUCAGUUUCAACAGUGAAGAAACAAUGUAUAAUAAUAAUACAUACAUAACACUGAAUGAAAAGAAUUCAAAUUAAAACCCCAGAUUGAAAAAUGUACUUCAAAACAACUUUAACAAUACAUAAGCAAAACUACCUCUUGUCAUAAUGAAAAAAAUUAAUAUCUUAGCUUAUCAGUUUGAAAGAAAAUUACGGAAAAUUAUCAUAUUUUUUCAACAUGGCCAUUAUACGCUUAUAGUAGGGGUAUCAUAUAGCUUCCCAUAUGAUAGGAAAUUGAACAACUUUAAGAAAACCCAAAAUAAAUCAACACUUCUUGAGCUAGAUCACCCAAAAAUAGUUAAAAUAUCUCAAAAUCUAUUAAAGAAUCUGCAAGAACAAGAACUGCACUAGAAAGCACCCAUAUACUAUAAUUUCAAGAUCUCCUUUGUCCCAGGGGCGUCCGCGCUAGGGGGCACUUGCCCGUUGGUAAGGGCUUGCCUCAAUUAUUAUCAAUAUAACAUUUCUAAUUCACGAAAAUGAAAAUCUGGGCACAAAAUUAAGCUUGAUUAUCAUGACAACCAAUAAAUGUGAGCAGCCAUGUUGCUUUUUGUGAACAUCGAAAAAGUGUGAUGGCAUUUUCGGGACUGUUUUCCUAUUUAUUUUCAAUUAAUAUCGCAAAAAAGUAUGAUAAAACGAUUGAAAAAGCUACUUUAAACAUAGUCCACAAAAAUCCCGGAUUUUUUUAGCCUAGGAUAAGUACCCGGGGGAGUUCUUUGUACCCUGUACUCCCGCUUUUGGAGGUGUAAAAUCACUGUUUAUAUAUAGGUCCUGCAAAAACUGUUUUUUGAUAUGUACUGAAUAUUGUACAUUAUUAU